CCAUUCUAAGAACAGUAAAUCUCGUUUAACGAGUUUGCAGAUGUGAUAAGACCAGAAUAUAAAUUGCAAACUCUACUGCGCUUCAAAACAGAAGUCUGUCAAUACAGGAAGGAUGAAGACACUUUUGGUUUUGUUAGUGUUUUUAUUUGUUUCCAUUGUUGCCGCAUUUGCUCAACAUGCGCCUAUCGUUCACACGGCUCAAGGGAAGCUUAGGGGGAAAAUAGUAAAAUCUUGGACUGGGAAACCGAUAUUAUCAUUUAUUGGAGUGCGAUUUGCUGAACCCCCAACUGGAAGUAACCGACUAAAGGACCCUGUACCAGUGAGACCCUGGCCCCAAAUAAAGGAUGCAAUGGAAGACGGACCUCUCUGUCUACAGCCUGGAUUGCCAGCUGAGCUGCCCUCAUCUGAGGACUGCCUCUUCCUCAACGUCCACACCAAGACUUUGAGAGGAAAGCAACCAGUGAUGAUAUAUUUCCACCCUGGAGGGUUUGUUGGGGGGACCGGCAACAACAACUACACAGGACCUCAAUACCUCUUAGACAAGGAUAUUGUUCUAGUGUCUUCUAAUUAUAGACUGGGACCACUAGGAUUCUACAGCACUGGCGAUGAAGUAAUCCCAGGAAACUUCGGUCUUAAGGAUCAGCUUCUUGUUAUGAAAUGGGUAAAAGAGAACAUUAAGCAUUUUGGAGGAGACCCUGACUCAGUGACAUUGUUUGGCUACAGCGCUGGUGCAGGCAGUGUGCAACUGCACAUGCUCUCACCUCUCUCUAGAGGUUUGUUUCAUCGAGCCAUUUCCUCUAGCUGCAGUGCUACCACUCCAGCAGUACUAAACAGAUAUCCCAUUCCUCUCUCAAGAAGGUUUGCCAAACUGCUCAACUGUCCCAUCGGGAACUCCCAGCAGAUUCAAGAGUGUAUACAAAGACUACCUGCAAACGAUAUUAUUGCAGCAACCUCAAAAAUAUGGGAUACCCUGCAGCCUCCAUUUUCCUUAUUUGCACCGGUUGUAGAGAAGCACAAAGGAAAUAACUCCUUCCUGACAGAAGAUCCGAUUGAAUUGAUAAGAACCAAGCAGUUCACUCAAGUGCCACUUAUAACCGGUUUUACAAGAGAUGAGUUUAACUGGAGAGCACAAUACUUGCUAACCAACGAGACGUAUGUACAUCGUAUUAAUACAGAGUUUGAUGAUAUUGCACCAUGGGAGUUUCACUAUCCGAGGCAACCUCGUAUAGUGUCUAAACAUAUCAGUGAUGCUUUCAAAGACUUCUACUUCCAUAAUCAGCCAAUUGGGAACCACAGUGAGAAGGAACUGGGGGAGCUGUAUGCUGAUUCAUUGAUAAUCUUCUCUGUUUACCAAGCUGGGAAACUUAUAGCAGAAAAAAGUUCAGCACCAGUUUACUUCUAUUUGUUUGAUUUUGAUGGAAGAUAUAGUUAUAGAUACAAAUUAGGCACCAACAUUCCUUAUGGAGUAGGACACCACGAUGACUUGUUGUACCUCUUCUUCAGUGCAAACAGAUCACCACUUUUCAAUCAGACAGAUCCUGAAGCUUACAUGGUCCGUACCUUGACAUCCAUCUACACAGACUUUGCUAAGACUGGAACACCAUCACUUUCUGAAACUAGUGAUACAUGGCAACCAAUGGCCCAGGGUCAUCUUCAGUUUCUGAGGCUUAAAAACCCUCCUAAAAUGGAGGAAGGACUUCCCUACCCUCAGAGAAUGCAUGUUUGGGAGUCAGAGUUGCCUCUUAAUGGACCCCACAGACAACUGCUCUACUAAAAUAUUAAGCUUUUCCUGUGAUGAUUUAAUCAUAAAUUUUGCAAUAUGUGUUAUAAACCAUAUUUUUUUCAAUUUUUGUAAAGAGAAUAUACCAACACAGUUUUGUGAC